UUCCUCAUGCAGGGUGAAGCUUAAGAUAACCAUGAAGUUUAAACUGGUCGCAAUAUGGACAUGCUACUUUACCAUCUCUAACAUAAAUGGUUUGAACUUGAAUGUACCUGUAAACCAAGAUUUGUUAGUAAACUUGGCUCAAACUUUUCUUUCUAAACAAGAUCUGCUCACAUCUGCUCUUGAAGUAACAAGAUCGAGAAGAAAUGUAUAUGACAAAGAGUACAACAUUGAAAAUCUUGGUAUUAGUGUUGGUGUCAAGUUUGAAGAUCCUGAUAAACCAAGUAAUGGACUAAAUGCUGACAUUGAAAUCAAGGAUUUAACUAAGCUAAUUUCAAAUACAGAAAUAGGAUUCGUAAAACUUCGGGUCACGUUUAGGAAGAAAAAUUUUUCUGGAAAUAAUCUUUUAGAUCUCAUGGUUGAAUAUGAACUUCAUCACACCCAUGAGGAAUUUGGAUCUAUAGCUCUAAUAAUAUCUCAAAAUAACAAUCAGAUAUCAUCAAGAUUUUCUGUUCUCUCAACCAAGCAUUAUGGAAGAAGAUUUAUCCAACCAUUUGAAAUUAAACUUAACUCUACAGAUAACAAUCAAAUUGAAGGAAUAAUAUCAUAUUCACAUUAUCAAGGAGAAGAGUUUCCAAUUAAUAUUAGAAAAGAUGACGAUACGUUCCAGUUGUUGAUUAAAUCACCAGAGAAAAUAACCUUGUUUGAGUUCAGCUUUAAUCGGAAAAAGUCUGACCUGCAAAUAAAACUGGAUUUUUCUAUAUUAGGCUACGAGUAUUUUUCAGAUCUAAAUAUAGAAAACAGUGAAGAAGAAGUUCGAGCAUAUGGGUUGUUUAGAGUUCUUGGGGAUCAAGCAAACUUCAAAAUAGAAAUAGAUAAACUGUUACAAAAUAUAAAUCUAAGAGUUGCUCUUUUCGGAAAACCGUUGAAGAUAUUUAAAUUUCUGUUUAGAGAAAUACCUCACUUGCUGUUGAAAGAAUAUGAGACAAGUGCUUACGAAGUUCUGGUUUAUUAUCACCCUAAAACACCUCCUACAUCAUUGAGGUUGGGAUUUAAUAACCAGACCUUAUCAGGAGCAAGAAUAAGAAAUGAAAUAGAAAUACUCAUUUCUUUUCCUAACGGUCACAGGCAGGCAAUGUAUUUACCGAUAAAAUUACAAAGGGACAGUUUCGUCCCAGGAGAUGAUAAUGGACAUCUCCUGGGACACGCUUCUGAAUCUCUACGCGCAUUUGCAGAAUUUGAAGGAAUUAAACUUUUCGAAUCGCAUUCUGAGCUUACAGGGUUGAAUAAAAGAGAUUGUGAUUCAAAUGCUUGUAAAAUUGAAUACAAUCUCUCAGGAAACUUGCAUAGAGAUGCAUUAAGAGGACUAGAGUCAUUGGCAGAUGUAUUUAGAUAUAUUCCACUAAGCGAGUUUUCCUUCAAAAACAAAAUCGAUGUCUCACAUCGUCAGAUCAAAAAAUUGACCUGUGAAAUCCAAACAAGUCGGGUGAAGGAAAACUAUCAGAUGAUAGAGCUAGAAUGGCAAAAUAAGCACGACGAAGUAAAACUAGAAAUUGUUUGGAUGUCACCAAAAUUAAACACCUUAGAUGUUUCUAUUUCAAAAAGCCUUGACAAAAUGGAAAUUGUGUACAAGGAUGGGGAAAGAGAGAUAUUUUUAAACUGCAUGAAACCCCUUAUUCAAAAUAAUGGAAUAGUAAGUUAUGAAGUUAGGUUAACUAUGUUGAUGUUGAUGGGAGCUGGUCAAAUCAAUAUAAAUGAUCAACAAAUGGAAAUUUUCUGGACUGCAGAAGAAGGUAUAUUCUCAUAUCAUGAUUUUCAAUUCUUCAUUUCUAUCGAUGGAACUGAUGAUGGUUCUAUGAAUAUUAAUAUUGAAGGAAGCACUAAGACAUCUCAAGAUGAAUUAAGAUGUCCAUUUUUAAGCUGGAACACAUCCUUUACAUUUAAUCAAAACUAUGAGAACCCAUUACUGAUAAUUGACUCAACACAGCUUAUCAACCGAAGAAUAUUUGAGGAAAAAUGUCACGAUUCACCAAUCACUUCUUCUUUAGAAUUUAGUUUCUCAGGAAAUAGAAAUAACCCUUUUCAAAUUUCUCUUCAUACAGAGUUAAAAUCAGAAAUGUUCCCCUCUGCAGUAUUAAACUUAAAUACCAUCUCAUAUCCUAGAGGAGAUUCAUCCAAAGGUCAAAAAUAUUCUAGACCAGUCAAUGGAACCUUUUUUGAAAUAAGGAUUCCGUUGCCAGAGGAAACAUUUUUCAAAAUACUUACAGACUCCUUCUCUGGAAAAUAUCUAAGUAUUAGCACAAAUAUUAGAUUUUUCCCCUUCACCCAUUAUCGUUUUGAGUUACUUGAAAUUGAUGCUGAUGGUGAAUGGAGAAAUGUUGUUGAUGACAAUGUUAGAAUUGCUCGGUUCAAACUUAAAAGAGAAGAUUUUGGAUUAGAAGAGUUACUCGACAAUGAAAUAAGUUUAAUUAUACCUGUAGGUUUAGUUCACAUUGAAUGGGAAUGGUUGUCAAACUAUAAUUAUCUUAAAGUUUUAAGAAUCAAAGGAUCUCCAGGAUGGUUUUUGCAUACACCAUCUCCUGAACUUAAUGAACAGGCAGUGUUGGACAAUCCUCUAUUCAUAUUACAACUCCAUAAGCUGCCCAGAGAAGUGAGAAAGGCGUGGAAAAUGUUUAUGAAAGUUUAACAGCUUUGUAAAAGCACAUUGUACAUGAAUUAAUAAUUGUCUUAGUUAUUGUACGCGCGAUUUUUCUUCCAAGCAAAUAAACAGUAAUAAAUUUUAUUUCUAGA